CAAUAUGAAGGAAGUGCUGAGUGAAGAUCUGAUUGGUGAGUUUCUAGAAGCCUUCUCUCUUUUUGACAGAGAUGGAGAUGGCUGCAUAACCAUGGAAGAAUUAGCUAGUGCAAUUAGAACACUAAACCAAAAUAAUCCUAGGAAGGAAGAGUUGCAAAUCAUGAUGAACGAAGUGGAUAUGGAUGGCAAUGGAACCAUAGAAUUUGGGCAGUUCUUGAAUCUUAUGGCUAGAAAAAUGAAGCAAACUGAAGUAGAAGAGGAAUUGAGGGAUUCUUUCAGACUGUUUGACAAAGACCAAGAUGGUUACAUAUCACCAACGGAGUUGUUGUCUGUGAUGAGAACUAUUGGAGUGAAGGUGACAGAAGAAGAACUGGAACAGAUGAUAAUAGUGGCUGAUUUGGAUGGUGAUGGUCGUGUUAAUUACCAAGAGUUUGUGAGGAUGAUGUCAGCUGUUUAA